AAGAGGCCAUUUGAGGUGUUCCCCCGGCCUCCCGCCCUGACGUCACUUCCGGCGUCACCUGCGCGAGCGGGGCCCACCUGGGCGCGAGCGGGCCACAAGGUGUGCAGGUACCUGAGGAGCAGCCGGGAUGCCGCGGAGCGGAGCCGCCGGAGGCCGGGGCUGCGCCUUCUCUGCCCUGGUGGUCGUCCUGCUCCUCCAGGGUGUGCAAACUGUCCUUUCCUUGGAGAUUAAUGCAGAUGCCCACGUCCGAGGUUAUGUUGGAGAAAAGAUCAAGUUGAAAUGCACCUUCAAGUCAAGUUCACACGUCACUGACAAACUCACCAUUGACUGGACAUACCGCCCGCCCAGCAGCAGCCGCACAGAAUCUAUUUUUCACUAUCAGUCUUUCCAGUACCCAACCACAGCAGGCACGUUUCGGGAUCGGAUCUCCUGGGCUGGCAACGUAUACAAAGGGGAUGCAUCCAUAAGCAUCAGUAGCCUUACCCUGAAGGACAAUGGGACUUUCAGCUGUGCUGUGAAGAAUCCCCCAGAUGUGCACCAUAACAUCCCCCUGACGGAGCUGACCAUCACAGAAAGGGGUUUUGGCACCAUGCUGUCCUCUGUGGCCCUUCUUUCCAUUCUUGUUUUCAUCCCCUCAGCAGUAGUUAUUGUUCUGCUGCUGGUGAGAAUGUCCAGGAAGGCGGCAGGGAUGAAGAAGAGGAGCAAGUCUGGCUAUAAGAAGUCUUCCAUUGAAGUUUCAGAUGACACCGACGAGGACGAGGAAGAUGAGUGCAUGGCUAGACUUUGUGUCCGUUGUGCUGAGUGUCUGGAUUCAGACUAUGAAGAGGCAUACUGAUGAAAAUGUACAAUGUAAGAAGAAUGAACUAGUGACAGAAGAUGUCCCACUCCUCUGGCUGCUAACAACUCCCAGAGGAGUGGAGCUGGCCCGGGCAGCAGUGACGGAGGAUUCUGGAGGUCAUCAGUAAAGACUUUAGGGACCAUUUAUUUAUUGAAGAAACGUUCUUCUUAUAUUUAUCAACUGCUCAGCAACUUUCAGAAGAGACUCACGACUUCCCGUUUUAAUAAGUUAUGCUCUAAUCGAAUGAAGAAAUUCUUUUUUUCUGAACAGAAAGAUACGUUUGGUUUACCUUUGCUCUUGAAUGUAUUACGCGUUUUCUUCCAGUUAUUUGAAGGAGAAUCCUCAAUGUUUGCCAUGCUGCUAAUGCCAAAAUAAUAUUU